GAUUAACGCGAAGCAGUCAGUUGAGAGCCAAGAAGGAAUAUCAGCACAGCCAGAAAGGCAGACAGACGUGUUCGUUGAGCUUUCCCAGUGCUACUCGGGGGCUACAGAAGCAGCUCUGGCGUCGUACGAUAGCUUGUUCAUGCAACAAACUUUGUGUGACUUCAUGACGUCUGUGUGAAGGCCUCUAACAGGGCGUGCAUACCUCAUAAGCACUUGGUAGACCUUGUAGGCAGCAAACCAGCGCUGAUGUUGUCGACACUGGGUAUCUUGGAGGAGAUUGCUCCUCUCCUCCAAGCCUCAUUUACCAGUGUCUGAUCAAUUUGAGGUGAUGAGGAAUUAGAGGAGCACAGAGAGGCGAUUCUUGGGGAGAGCAACUGUCGUGAUCGAGAGUUGUGUGUGAUGAUAUUUGAAAAUGAUGUGAAGGAGAGGAAGGGAGACGGUGUGUUUGUGAGGAGCAGGGAAUAAAACGAGGAUGAGAGGCAGGAUAGCUGGAUGGAGCGGUGGGACAGGAGGCCGUUGGCGGAUGAUGAGCAAGCGAAGUUCGUUGCUCACAAAACAGCUUGUAUUAUUGAUUGUGCUUGUGCUGUUUCUCAUCACCAUUGUCGGGCACCACCGCGACGCUUUUAUUAACGCACGUUUGGAGACAAGCCAUCAGGCUCAAUUUCUGGGGCUGAUCGAGGGAGACCAUGAGCUUUUCUGGUGCGAUCGGUCGCAAUUUCGGACGGAUAUUUGCAACAUGAAAGGAGAUAUUCGAAUGCUCACGUUUAACGGCAACAAACCCAUCGUUCUGUACGCCAAGGACCCCGCCACAUCGUCAGUGACGGAGAUCGUUAAACCCUACACACGCAAGUGGGAGAAGAGCUGCAUGGACACGGUGCACGAGGUAACGCUCCGAAUUGUGCCAGCCAACUCCCAAACCGAUAAAACACCUUGCGAUGUCCACCACAAGGUCCCCGGCGUCGUGUUCAGCACCAGUGGCUACACAGGAAACUUGUUCCACGAGUUCAACGACGGCCUCAUCCCACUCUUCAUCACCAGCCAGCACUUGAAGGGCGAAGUCGUGUUCAUCAUCACUGAAUUUCACAAUUGGUGGCUCACGAAGUAUUUCGAAGUGCUGCAACAAUUGUCCCAGUAUGAGAUCAUUAGCUUUGAGAAUGACACUCGCGUACAUUGCUUCCCCGAACUUGAAGUUGGGCUCCACAUCCAUGACGAUCUCACAGUGGACCCCAACCGCAUGCCAAAUCACGAAUCAAUCCGCGACUUCAGGAAAUUACUGGAUCGUGGGUACGAAAACGCCUUGAGAUUUGACUCUCCCAUUCCCGAUGUUUCAAAGCCUAAGUUGAGCAUCAUCGUGCGCAAUGGCACGCGUAAGUUUCUAAACUUGGGUGACAUUGUGACGACGGCUGAGGAGCUUGGCUUCAAUGUCUCGCUACUAAGCCCCGAUCCCACCAUGGAGCUGAAGCGUCUCUUCCAGUUGCUCAACAGCACCGACGUGCUGAUGGGCGUGCACGGUGCCGCCAUGACGCACUUUUUAUUCAUGAAACCCGGCAAGGUAUUAAUCCAAGUGAUUCCGCUAGGCAUCGACUGGGCUUCGACCACGUACUAUGGCAAGCCCACAAAGAAGAUGGGAUUACACUACCUCCCCUACAAAAUUCUCCCCUCGGAGAGCUCCCUGAGUAGGCAGUAUAAUGCAAGUGAUCCCAUUUUGGUCAAUCCUGACGAGAUUUUUAAUCAACAAGGCUGGUGGACCAUGAAAAAAAUAUUUCUAGAGGGCCAGGAUGUGCGUCCUUCACUGACUCGUAUGCGCAAGAUUUUCAUGAGGGCGCUUAAAAAGCUGAAACGACCAGUGACGCCGCCACAAUCUAGUCGCACAGCCACCAAAGGCGGUUUAAUAGAUUAAGAUUGAUGUCCGAUAAGGAAUUCUGGCAGUGCAGCAUUGGCAAAAAGUUCAGCAUGUAAAUCUGUUGGAAGUGCGAUUAAUCCAAUAUCAGACAAAAAGAUUGAGCUAGUUAAGAAAUUAAAGAACUGUGUUUAAUCAUUUAGUCCACUUCUAUUCUGUCAGUGGAAAUGAUAUUACACUCGCUGUUGGACUAACUACAUGAUCCGCAAGAAUUUAAGAUUGCUCACACGGCAUCCAUCGGAUAUGCCGUGUCCAGGGCAUCCCUACAGCUCACUGCAGCAGAAUGCUCUGCAUCAUUGUGCUAGGGUACAGCGUCAUCUUCCUGGAUUCAUUCGCGGUAGUUUUGGGGGUUCGGGGUUUGGUAGCUUGAAUAACUGUUUUCCAACUUCCUCCCGAAGCACCUCGAAGGGCAGGGUAGUAUCCAUCAUCAAACGUUGAAGACAGUCGUGUGACGUCUCCUGCCCUUUCCAGCGAGAUUCAUUUCGGGGUUGUGGGAUUGCAAGUUCAGCAACUUAUGCUUAACAACAAUGUCGUUGAAGACGAUUGUGGAACAUAAAAGCAGUUAACAAUGGGAGCUGCAGGAGGGCAACGCCGGGAUUUUCCGAAAAUUAGCUAUUCUUGAACCUAAUGUUAGCACGUAUUCAAUCAUGUGUCACCCUCACGCCACGUACCGUGAGUACUUCGCAACAACUCUACACGGUAUUAGAGCGUUCAAAAUAAGCACUGAUGAUAUUCUUGAGUAUUCGAAAUAUAUCAUCACAGACGACAGUAGCAACUCUGUUUCAACGUUCCGAGGAAACCAGCAAAGAAUUACCGGGUAAAGGUUCUUCACUGGCUCUCUUCGUUGAUAGCGCUGAUUCCUUAAUUCAUUCUACCUACAUACCUCUACUACGUCUGAUGUUUGUAACAAGCUUUCAAAGUCGGAGUUAUGAAGCAGGUUUCCUUACUGGGUACAUGAUGUGAUAAAAUCCAGAAUCCUGUACAGAAUUACGAGUGAAAACCUGUCUAGUUCAAUUUGAUAA